AAUUACAGCGGUUCCAGAUCAAGUAAAACAUUCAAACCCAAAAAGAAUAUACCCGAAGGUACACAUCAAUAUGAUCUCAUGAAACAUGCAGCCGCCACAUUAGGCUCAGGCAAUUUACGAAAUGCUGUCGCCCUGCCAGAUGGUGAAGAUUUAAAUGAAUGGGUGGCCGUAAAUACUGUGGAUUUCUUUAAUCAAAUCAACAUGUUAUAUGGCACAAUAACAGAAUUCUGCACCGAAGAGAGUUGUGGCAUUAUGUCGGCGGGACCCAAAUAUGAAUACCAUUGGGCCGAUGGUUUCACAGUUAAAAAACCUAUCAAAUGUAGUGCCCCCAAAUAUAUUGAUUAUCUCAUGACCUGGGUACAGGAUCAAUUAGACGACGAAACAUUAUUUCCCUCCAAAAUUGGUAUACCAUUUCCAAAGAAUUUCCUAAGCAAUGCAAAAACCAUAUUGAAACGAUUAUUCCGUGUCUAUGCUCACAUUUAUCAUCAGCAUUUUUCGGAGGUGGUGACAUUGGGUGAGGAGGCUCAUCUGAAUACAUCAUUUAAACAUUUCAUAUUCUUUGUGCAAGAAUUCAAUUUAAUUGAUCGCCGAGAAUUGGCACCUCUGCAGGAACUUAUCGAUAAGCUGACAGCCAAAGAUGAACGGCAAAUAUAGGAUUCAUUGCAAUUGGGAUCGGCAACAUCCCAUGGUAUGGAGUUUUGAGUUUAAAAAAAUUAAUGAAAACAAAAACCCGCUUCUCUCUAUCUCUUAAUUUAUGUAUUGUUUUAUAUAUAUAAAUUUUGUGUUCUCAUCAAAUUUCGUAUUAUAAUUUGCUC